CUUCUUCGCAUUAGCGGUGCUCCGGUCCGGGAGCAACAUGGCGGCGUCCGUGCGGGGCUAGUUUUGGUUAAAGGUAGCGUUUGGUGGUGUUUUAUUUCGGGAUCUCUUCAGACUGGAACUUUCCGCGACCUCCGGUCUUAAGGAAGCGUAAUAGGUGGAUAACUUUAGUGAUCGGCCUUCCGCUCUUAUCUCCAAUUAAGAGCAAAGUCCUGAGCACUGACCAGAAUGAGCAACAUCUAUAUUCAGGAGCCUCCCACGAACGGGAAGGUUUUAUUGAAAACUACAGCUGGAGAUAUCGAUAUAGAGUUGUGGUCAAAAGAAGCUCCUAAAGCUUGCAGAAAUUUCAUUCAGCUUUGUUUGGAAGCAUAUUAUGACAAGACCAUUUUUCAUAGAGUUGUACCUGGUUUUAUAGUCCAAGGGGGAGAUCCUACUGGCACAGGAACUGGUGGAGAGUCUGUCUAUGGAGCCCCGUUCAAGGAUGAAUUCCACUCACGAUUGCGUUUUAAUCGGAGAGGACUGGUUGCCAUGGCAAAUGCUGGUCCUCAUGAUAAUGGCAGCCAGUUUUUCUUUACACUGGGUCGAGCAGAUGAACUUAACAAUAAACACACCAUUUUUGGAAAGAUUACAGGGGAUACAAUAUAUAACAUGCUGCGACUGGCAGAAGUAGACACUGAUGAUGAAGAAAGACCACUUAAUCCACACAGAAUAAAAAGUUGUGAGGUUUUGUUUAAUCCUUUUGAUGACAUCAUUCCAAGAGAAAUAAAAAAGCCAAAAAAAGAGAAACCAGAGGAGAAAGUAAAGACAUUGAAACCCAAAGGCACAAAAAAUUUCAGUUUACUUUCAUUUGGAGAGGAAGCUGAGGAAGAAGAAGAGGAAGUAAAUCGAGUUAGUCAGAGCAUGAAGGGGAAAAGCAAAAGUAGUCAUGACUUGCUUAAGGAUGAUCCACAUCUCAGUUCUGUUCCAGUUGUUGAGAGUGAAAAAGAUGAUGCAGCAGAUUUAGAUGAUGAUGAAGAAUUUGAAAGUGGAGAACAUGAUGAAAAUAUUGAUAGUGAUGAGAAGAAUCUGAUGAGAGAAAGAAUUGCAAAAAAGUUAAAAAAGGACCCAGGUGCAAAUGUUAAAUCAGCGGGUGAGGGUGAAGUGGAGAAGAAACCAGUCAGCCGCAGGUUUAUACUUCAUAGUUCUAGUUAUUGUACACUAUCCACCAGUGAAGAGCUCAGAAAAGAAGCAAGACAAUUAAAGCGGGAACUCUUAGCAGCAAAACAAAAAAAAAUAGAAAAUGCAGCAAAACAAGCAGAAAAAAGAAGUGACGAGGAAGAAGCUGCUCUAGGUGGUGCUGUUGCAGAAUACAGAAGAGAAAAGCAGAAGUACGAAGCUCUGAGGAAGCAGCAGGCAAAGAAGGGAAGUUCUCGGGAAGACCAGACCCUUGCGCUGCUGAACCAGUUUAAAUCUAAACUCUCGCAAGCAAUUGCUGAAACUCCUGAAGAUAACAUUCCUGAAAUGGAAGUAGAAGAUGAUGAAGGAUGGAUGUCACAUGUACUUCAGUUUGAGGAUAAAAGCAGAAAAGUGAAAGAUGCAAGCAUGCAGGACUCAGACACGUUUGAAAUCUAUGAUCCUCGGAAUCCAGUGACUAAACGAAGAAGGGAAGAAAGCAAAAAACUGAUGAGAGAGAAGAAAGAAAGAAGAUAGGAAGGAGAACGUUGACAGCAGAACCAGCUGAAGUGCGCCUGCAAUACAUGGCUCAUUGCUCCCAGCUGCAUCUAAGGGCAUGGAAGGAAGCAUUUUUGAACCUGUUGUCUGGUUGUGAAAACCAGUCAUCUUGUUAUGUAAAUUGUGGACUGACACACACAUAUGCUUUUGGUGACUGGAACACACUUUAAUUUCUUAUGACCUUUUAUAUUGCUAAAUGUGAAAUAAAAUCACUUU